GGGCCUGUGGUGGGAACCAUGAUGGCGGCGGCGCUGUCCCGCGCGGUGUUGGGGGCGCCGGCGGGGUUUCUUCCCCUUCUCCUGCCCAGGGGGCUGAGCCUCUCGGCCCCGCGGGAGACCGUCGUCGUGGAGCGCUGGUGGAAAGUCCCGCUGAGCAAAAAAGGCCGGGAGCCUCGCAUCAAACACCCCCGUUUCCGCGUCUUCCGUCUGGUGGAGGACCUGAAGCACCGGCCCAAAGAGCCCCUCGAACUCAUCCUCACUGAACCGGUGGAAGACGUGGGAAACCGUGGCGAAACCGUCUUGGUCCACCGGUCUUUUGGCCGUAACCAUCUCCUCUUCCGCAACCGGGCCGUUUACGCCUCACCCGAAAACAAGAAGUUUUUCGAAGAGGAAAACCGAUUACGUGAAGAGGGGAAGUUGCCAAGAUUACAAAGCCACAGCGGUAUGAAGGUGAACGGCCUCGACACCGUCCGCGUCCCACUCUCGGUGCAGCCCUUUGCCGAACCGAAAUCCAGCAGCCAGCGGCUCCGGCUCGCCCAGAAGGAACCAGAACCCGCCGAGAGGAAAGGGAGGAAACCUUGAGGCCACCACGAAAGAGGGACCUUUUUUUUCUCUCUCCGCAGCUCUAAAAUCGGAGCUUAGGAUUAUUUUAUUUCCAGCCCAAAACUCCCUUUUUUGGGGGGGGGGUGUUUGGAUUUCCUUGAGCUGGGCACGGUGGGCGAAGCCAGCUGCUUUUGGGGUCCCUUAAAAGUCUUCCAGGGGGGACGAGGGGAUCCUGCUUUGGGCCAGAAGCGGGAAGAGGCCGCAGGAACCGGCGAAUAAAACAUCCCCCUCUUUAA